GGUCAAAGAGUUGAUGGAGCUUAGACGGGCAGGUGAAGCAACAGAGGAGACGUCCACCUGUCAAUCAAAGAGGCCACGCCCUCUAUGUCUAACUUUCAGGCAUAAUAUCAUAUAAAUGGCUGAGUUAUAUAUCUGUGCCGAUUAACUCACUUUUGGAGCUUUUGUGUGUGCACUGACUAGCUAAUCACGCCACAGCGCUCAUACAGGAGGACCAAUGACAGCGCCGUCCUGACUGCGUCGUCAUGGAAGCGUAACGCCCAUCUUCAAGUACCCCGAGGUUAAAACUAUGCUCUGUAAGCACUAUGCUGUCGAGGAUAGCUCUGUUCAUGCUUAUAGCACCGUUAGCUGUUAGCUCAGACAUCUCAGCGACUAGUAGCUAACGGUGCUAACAGUGUGCAGGAAGGAACCCCCCCGGCUGUUUGGGGGCCAAUCACACGUCACAUUAAAUCAAGGAAAGCUUGCAAGCACAAAAAGGACGGAUCUCAGGUAUCGUUUGAUUGGAGAAGUUUCGAUACUACUUGGUUCUGGGUUGUUUCGGGAUUCUCGGCCCUAACUUGAUGAAAUAUGGACUAAAGCGAAGUUCCUACCCGAGCUUUAUGUAUUAAACCUCCUCUGACCUCUGAUGUCAACAUUUAGACACUCAAGACAUUAUGGUCUUUCAAUUGAAGAUGGAGAAUUGUGCUUGUGUUUGGUUGUCUGUUGGUAUUAUUGGAUAUAGAUUUACAAUAGAAAUCUGCAUUGACAAUCUACAGUAACACACUGUUCAGAGAUUAGAAAGUAAAACACGUAAAUAUACUUUUAUUGUUUGGUUCCAGCUGCUUGAAAAGAACAUUGUCAGCUUUAUGAAGAGCGAGCUGAAGAAGAUGCAAAAGGUCCUCAGUCCAGAUUACCCAGAAGGCUCUGCGGGUCAGAAGGAAGAUGAGGAGGUGUUGGACGGUGAGGAUGAAGAGCAGAGGAGGAGCAGCAGGGAAGCAUUUCUGAAGAUCACACUAAACCUCUUGAGAAGAAUGAAGCAGGAGGAGCUGGCUGACUGUCUGCAGAGCAAAACCAGUGCUGCAGUGUGCCAACAUGAACUCAAGUCUAACCUGAAGAAGAAGUUCCAGUGUGUGUUUGAGGGCAUCUCUAAAGCAGGGAACCCAACCCUCCUGAACCAGAUCUACACAGAGCUCUACAUCACAGAGGGAGGGACUGCAGAGGUCAAUGAGGAGCACGAGGUCAGACAGAUUGAAACAGCAUCCAGGAAACCACACAGACCAGAAACCCCCAUCAGACAAGAAGACCUCUUCAAAGCCUCGUCUGGAGGAGAGGAACCAAUCAGAACAGUGAUGACUAAGGGAGUGGCUGGCGUUGGGAAAACAGUCCUAACACAGAAGUUCACUCUGGACUGGGCUGAAGACAAAGCCAACCAGGACAUCCAGUUCACGUUUCCAUUCACGUUCAGAGAGCUGAAUGUGCUGAAAGAGAAGAAGUUCAGCUUGGUGGAACUCGUUCAUCACUUCUUCACUGAAACCAGAGAAGCAGCAAUCUGCAGGUUUGAAGAGUUCCCGGUUGUGUUCAUCUUUGACGGUCUGGAUGAGUGUCGACUUCCUCUGGACUUCCACAACAAUGAGGUCCUGACUGAUGUCACAGAGUCCACCUCAGUGGAUGUGCUGCUCACAAACCUCUUCAGGGGGAACAUGCUUCCCUGUGCUCGCCUCUGGAUAACCACACGACCUGCAGCAGCCAAUCAGAUCCCUCCUGACUGUGUUGGCUUGGUGACAGAGGUCAGAGGGUUCACUGACCCACAGAAGGAGGACUACUUCGGGAAGAGGUUCAGAGAUGAGGAGCAGGCCAGCAGGAUCAUCUCCCACAUCAAGACCUCCCGAAGCCUCCACAUCAUGUGCCACAUCCCAGUCUUCUGCUGGAUCACUGCUACAGUUCUGGAGGACGUGUUGAAGACCACAGAGGGAGGAGAGCUGCCCAAGACCCUGACUGAGAUGUACAUCCACUUCCUGGUGGUUCAGUCCAAAGUGAAGAAGGUCAAGUAUGAUGGAGGAGCUGAGACGGAUUCACACUGGAGUCCAGAGAGCAGGAAGAUGACCGAGUCUCUGGGAAAACUGGCUUUUGAUCAGCUGCAGAAAGGGAACCUGAUCUUCUAUGAAUCCGACCUGACAGAGUGUGGCAUCGAUAUCAGAGCAGCCUCAGUGUACUCAGGAGUGUUCACACAGAUCUUCAGAGAGGAGAGAGGACUGUACCAGGAUCAGGUGUUCUGCUUCGUCCAUCUGAGUGUUCAGGAGUUUCUGGCAGCUCUUCAUGUCCAUCUGACCUUCAUCAACUCUGGUGUCAACCUGAUGGCAGAAAAACAACCAAGACCUAAAGGCCUUGGUUGGUCUAAAGUAUUGAGACCAGAACCUAAACUAAAACAUCUCUACCAGAGUGCUGUGGACAAGGCCUUACAGAGUCCAAAUGGACACCUGGACUUGUUCCUCCGCUUUCUCCUGGGUCUUUCCCUGCAGAGCAAUCAGAUUCUCUUACGAGGUCUGCUGCCACAGACAGGAAGUAGCUCACGGACCAAUCAGGAAACAGUCCAGUACAUCAAGAAGAAGAUCAGUGAGAAUGAUUCUCCAGAGAAAAGCAUCAAUCUGUUCCACUGUCUGAAUGAACUGAACGAUGGUUCUCUGGUGGAGGAGAUCCAACAGUCCCUGAGAUCAGGACGUCUCUCCACAGAUAAACUGUCUCCUGCUCAGUGGUCAGCUCUGGUCUUCAUCUUACUGUCAUCAGGAAAAGAUCUGGAGGUGUUUGACCUGAAGAAAUACUCUGCUUCAGAGGAGGCUCUUCUGAGGCUGCUGCCGGUGGUCAAAGCCUCCAACAAAGCUGUGCUGAGUGGCUGUAAACUCUCAGAGAGAAGCUGUGGAGCUCUGUCCUCAGUCCUCAGCUCCCAGUCCUCUAGUCUGAAAGACCUGGACCUGAGUAACAACAACCUGCAGGAUUCAGGACUGAAGCUGCUGUCUGCUGGACUGGAGAGUCCACACUGUGCACUUGAACGCCUCAGUCUGUCAUGGUGUCAGAUCUCAGAUGAAGGCUGUUCUUCUCUGGGAUCAGCUCUGAAGUCAAACCCCUCCAGUCUGAGAGAACUGGAUCUGAGAGGAAACAAGCUGCAGGAUUCAGGAGUGAAGCUGCUGAGUGGUUUUCUGGAGAGUCCACAUUGUAGUCUGGAGACUCUGAGUCUGUCAUGGUGUGAGAUCUCAGAUGAAGGCUGUUCUUCUCUGGGAUCAGCUCUGAAGUCAAACCCCUCCAGUCUGAGAGAACUGGAUCUGAGAGGAAACAAGCUGCAGGAUUCAGGAGUGAAGCUGCUGAGUGGUUUUCUGGAGAGUCCACAUUGUAGUCUGGAGACUCUGAGUCUGUCAGACUGUGAGAUCUCAGAUGAAGGCUGUUCUUCUCUGGGAUCAGCUCUGAAGUCAAACCCCUCCAGUCUGAGAGAACUGGAUCUGAGAGGAAACAAGCUGCAGGAUUCAGGAGUGAAGCUGCUGAGUGGUUUUCUGGAGAGUCCACAUUGUAGUCUGGAGACUCUGAGUCUGUCAUGGUGUCAGAUCUCAGAUGAAGGCUGUUCUUCUCUGGGAUCAGCUCUGAAGUCAAACCCCUCCAGUCUGAGAGAACUGGAUCUGAGUUACAACCAGCUGCAGGAUUCAGGAGUGAAGCUGCUGAGUGGUUUUCUGGAGAGUCCACAUUGUAGUCUGGAGACUCUGAGUCUGUCAGACUGUCAGAUCUCAGAUGAAGGCUGUUCUUCUCUGGGAUCAGCUCUGAAGUCAAACCCCUCCAGUCUGAGAAAACUGGAUCUGAGUUACAACCAGCUGCAGGAUUCAGGAGUGAAGCUGCUGAGUGGUUUUCUGGAGAGUCCACAUUGUAGUCUGGAGACUCUGAGAUUGGAAUGAUCAGCUGAGUGCUGAUGAUCCAGAGCAUCUGGAGACUGGGACUGCUCCACCACCUCCACCUGGAUUGGAUUUAGUCGACCACACAGCAGAAGACUUUCAAAAGACCAGAAGAAGAAGAAGAAGAAGAUGUCCAGGACACAACAACAUGUGUCCAGUCAGUGUGCAUUUUAUUUUGAAGGUCAUUUCCAGGAAGUCCCUGUUUUAACGUUGGUGAAUUGAAGCUGACUAACCUGCAGUGUGUGUACCUUUAAGAUCCAACACAUGUUGUUAUUUUCUGCAGAAAUAUUAAUCAAAUAUUAAUUUACAAUAAUAUAUAUAUAAUAUUUUAGCAAUUAUGAGAAAAAUUAAAAGAGAGUCAAAUAAACACUUUUUUAUGAAUAAUUCUAAAUCCUAAUGGCAAUAUUAUACUUUUUUAUUUGUAAUAAUUAUAAUAUCUAUAUUAUAUUAUUAAUUAAUAUGAAUUAAUUGAUUCAUUAUAAGAAGAAAAUAAAAGCCAGACAGCGAUGGGGAGGUUAUGAUCCUUAUUUUAAAAUGAAUAAUAAUAACACAUUUUAACCUCACUGCACAAAGUUAUACUUUAAACUCUAAAAUGUUGUAGGUUCAAUCCAUUAAAAGUACUUUAGCAUCAUGAUUUGAUCACAUGAUGAAAGAAGAGCUGUUGUUAAAGUUACACAUCAAAUACUCUGUUAGUUAAUGAUGAUGAUAAUACUAAUAAUGUAUAAUUAGUAAAUCAUUCAGUCUGUGUUCACCUGCUGAAGUUAUUUACAUUUGAUCUUCAUUUAAAGGUAUUUAAUCAGUUUAAAUGUUUCAUUCAUUUCUUUUAUUUAAUUGGGGAAUCAGCAGCUGGUUGGUGAACGUGUGAAUGCAGAAGGGAAUUCUGGGUGUGAUGAACGAGUGAAAACACAUUCAUUAUCAUUGACUUUUGUUCUGUGCAGAUAUUCAUGUUCCCCAGAGGAUGAACCCCACUAUUGUUGGUGAUCCUCUUACUUUCCCUUUAAUUCUAAGGUCUCCAUCAAAAUAUCUCAACAAAUAUUGGAUAAAUUGUCUUAAAGUUUUGUCCCGAAAUUCAUGUUCCCCAGAGGAUGAACCCCACUACUAUUAGUGAUCGUCUUUCCUCUAGUGCUACUAUAACGUUAACAUUUUAGAUAUCAAAGUAUUGAUUGUGGUGCCAUAAAGUUGUGUACAGACAUUCAUGUUCCCCAGAGGGUGAACCCCAAUCAUUAUGGUCAUCUUUUGUCCUUUCAAUAGUGCUACCAUCAUGUUAACUUUUUAGGUAUCUAUCAAAAUAUUGCAAGACAGAUAUUCAUGUUCCCCAGAGGAUGAAUCCCACUAAUGCUGGUGAUCCUCUGACUUUCCCUCUCGUGCUACCAAGACGUCAAAUGUUUAGGCCAAAGUUCCUCAGGGGAUGAAUUCCUUGAUGUUGGAGAUCCACUGCAGGUCAAAGGUUUCAUGUUCUGCAUGCGUUGGCAGAUCAUUUGGUACAGAUAUUCAUGUUCCCCAGAUGAUCUUCAGACUUUUCCUUUUGGGCCGGAAUGACGUUAACGCUUUAUUUUUAUUUUUUAAAGGAUGAAUAAGAAAAUUAUUAAUAAAAAACAACAAAGUUCA